AGCAGUUAGGCUUCCCACCAUCAGACACCUCUCUUCUUUGGAGCUUUUACUUGCUGCACAUUAGGGCUUGCAAUGAGGAGUUCCACGGUGCUUGCCUCUCUCUUCUUCCUCCUGUUGGCUACACCAGCUCAUGGACUUAGGAGGAUGGACGUGCAGCUACGUGCAGCACUGGGAAAAAAGGACAUACCUGAGUACUCCAAGUGGCAGCAACCGUCUGCUGGCCAUCCGAUGCACACGCGUCGCGCAUCGGGCAGCCGGCGUGUCGGUUUAGCCUGGACGACGCCGGAGCACCUGACGAGCUCUGCUCGUGCUGUUGCAGAUGAGGACGGAGAGGUGAAGAAGAAGAAGAUGAUGAGCACUCGUGAUGUGGCGCCAAGGUUCCAUGAAGAUUACGUAGGGCCCAGCGGUCAUUCACCAAACCACCACCGGACGAUACCGUGUGGCCCAUGCUAGCAUUGAGCAGCGAGUCCAGUUCAGCUUCCUCCGAUGAGCAUGCUGUGUGUCCAGUCCAUGUCAUAGCAGGUCGAGAAUCCAUCGAUGCAUGUAAAAGGAGCAAUGAACUGAACUGUUUAGUUUCAAGCCCU